UCCCCCCAUCCGCCUCAACCGCUCCAGGAGAGGAAAGGAGAGAGGGAAGGAAGAGUGCAGCUGAAAAGCAAACAGACAUGUCGACAGCCAACGCAUAAAGUCUCCCAUCGGCUGUUCGUGGAUUUCUUCGCGGAACCUGAUGCGGUGAGGGGUGGGUGUGUGCCGCUGCCCUGGGCUGGGCUGAAGGCAGAGGAGGUAGGAUGCUGUGGCUCUCCCUGCUGUCUGUGGUGGUCCUGGGUUGUGUGACCCCGACCCAGACACACACUCACACACACACCCCGACACCCACCUCCACACACACCCCUAUGGUGGACAGCUCGGAGGAGGAGGUGGACGAACCGUGCUUCGAGCCGUGCACGUGCGAGGUCAAAGAGGGCGUGUUGCACGUGCACUGUGAUGGGCGGGGCUUCACUAACGCCAGCCAGGUGUCCCAGUCCUGGCUCCGCCCCUUCAAGCUCAACCUGCAGAGGAACUCCUUGAGGCGUCUCUAUAGCAACGGCUUCCUGCACCAUAGCAAUGCCGUGGCGAUAAACCUAGGCAACAACGCGCUGCAGGACAUCCGUGCCGGGGCGUUUCAUGGUCUGGGGACACUGAGACGCCUCUACCUCCACGAGAACAAGCUGGAGGUGUUCCGCAACGACACCUUCUCUGGUCUGGAGGCACUGGAGUACCUGCAGGCCGACUACAAUGUCAUCAAACGCAUCGACAGCGGGGCACUACGCUACCUGCUUAAAUUACGAGUGCUCAUCCUCAACGACAACCUGAUCCCUGCUCUGCCUCCUCAUCUCUUCAGAUCUGUGUCUCUGACCCACCUGGACCUGCGGGGGAACCGUCUGAAGAGCCUGGCCUACGCCGGGACCCUGGAGUACGUGGGCCGUAGCCUGAUGGAGCUCCAGCUGGAGGAGAACCCCUGGAUCUGUGGCUGUGAGGCAGUCCAGCUGCAGACCUGGCUGGGACACAUCCCCUACACCGCAGUGGUGGGGGACAUCACCUGCGAAUACCCCUUCCACCUGCACGGGAAAGACCUGAGGGAGAUACCACGCAAAGAACUGUGUGCCGGAGAGGUGGAGGGAGAGGGGGAGAAGGAGGGAGAGAGGGAGAAGCACGGAGGGGUACAGCCUCCUCAGCAUCCGUCCUCUAACCCGAAAGCGAACCCCAAGCCUGGGAGGCCCAGACCAACCAAACCGUCCUCCAUGGUUCACCAUCAGAACACACAUACCUCAUCUUCGUCGACUUCUUCAUCAUCGGUGGAGCGGAGGGGUAGAGAGAGGUCCCCUCGGCCCACCAAGCGUCCCCGGCCCUCCAGGACACCCCCCACCCAGCGUAGCCUCCUCCCCAACCAGCCCCCUCCCAUCGCAGGGUACCAGACUCGCCCCCCCAUCCCCAUCAUAUGUCCUCUGGGGUGCACCUGUAACCUUCACAUCUCAGACCUAGGGUUGACAGUCAACUGUAAGGAGAGCGGCUUCCAUAAUGUGUCCCAGCUCACGCCACGCCCCCUCAACGGACGGAAGCUGUACCUCAGCGGCAACCUCAUCCAGCGGAUCUAUAAGUCAGAUUUCUGGAAUUUUUCCAGUCUGGAUCUACUUCACCUGGGAAACAACCGGAUCUCCUUUAUUCAGGAGGGAGCGUUCUCCAGCCUGCCGACCCUGAGGAGUCUCUACCUGAAUGGCAACAACCUGCAGAGGCUUAGCCCACACAUGUUCCUGGGUCUACUUAACCUCAGGUACCUGUACUUUGAGUACAAUGAGAUCGGUGUGGUGGAGGUGGGAGCGUUCAGCCCCAUGCCGUCUCUCCAGCUGCUCUUCCUCAACGCCAACCUGCUGAGGUCACUUCCUAUCGGAGUGUUCCAGGGCAUCUCCCUCUCUCGCCUCAACCUUCGCAACAACCACUUCCUCAGCCUGCCUGUAGAGGGGGUGUUAGAGGACCUCACUGGACUGGUGCAGGUGGACCUGCAGCAGAACCCAUGGGAGUGCCGGUGUGAUGCGGCCCCUCUGAAGCGCUGGCUGGAGGGCCUGAGUGCGGUGGUGGUGGUGGGGGAGGUGGUCUGUCACUCACCAGAAGAGACCACAGGUACAGACCUUCGCUCUCUUUCCCUGGACCUCCUCUGUCCAGACCUGGACACCCACCAGGCCACGGUGGAGAACCAGGGGGAGUGGAACAGCUCCACAGCCCCAGACGGUGAUUUCUCUCUGGGCUACCCCGUGCCAGGCCAUGGCCCCCUGGGUCCCCUCCCUAAGACUUCCAUCCCUCUGUCGGUGUUGGUUCUCAGCCUGCUGGUGCUGUUCGUGUCGGCGUUCUUUGCGGCAGCGGCGCUGAUCGCCUAUGCCCUGAGGAGGCGGGACAAGCUGCCGUUCCGGCGGCAGGGAGAGGUGGAUCUGGCCGGGAUCCAGAUGGAAUGUGGGAUAUUCACCGAGCAGCAGCACCACAGGUUACCGGUACCGAAGACCCCUCCUCCUCUGUCUGCCUUGCAGCAUAGCCUUGUCUACGAUAGCAUCCUCCCCGCCGACCCUGGCCCUAACCCUAACCUCAGUCCCUCAACACACAUGUGCAGUAGCCCAGUCUAUAAGAAUGAGGAUGAUUCAGUGGUGAAGCAGCAAUGGCAACAACAGAAGCAGUUCUCUACUUCUAAAGAGAACGGGAACGUGGGAAGAUACCACUCGGCGGGGCAGAGAGAGAGCGAAGGACACUAUCGUUUUGUGGCAGAGAGAGAGCGAGAGUGUAACAUGGAGGUGUCCCGUUCCCCCAUCAGUACCGUUGCCGGGGCAGUGGGACCCCCUCUUUCAGAUCUCCAUGGAAACGGGACCCUCUGCCCAACGGUCAUAGACAGCCAGGGCCCCACCCCCAAGGUGGGAUUGGUUGACUGCCUGUUUGGGAUCUCUGGAAUGUCCGCCACUGUCCCAGAGUUCCGAGACCUGCCGGACAGGUAUACACGUCCCCCACCACCCCGCUAUCCCCACCCUCCACAACCCCUCAGCCCCCCGCCCAAAGAGGAAACUAGAGCCAGCCAAUCACUCGUGGUUACUACAAUGACAGCGUGCGCGGGGCCAAGCAAUAGUAAUCAGAGCCAGAACUCAGAGUUUCCGCGAGAGUUGAGAAUGAGACUCAGUACCAAGCCGGAUUACAUGGAAGUCCUGGACAGAUCUUAUCAGUUCUAAUAGAUAAAUGUUACUAUGGAACCGCUGGCAUUGACAAUAAAUGACUCUUGUAAUAUGUCAUGUCUUGAACAUGUUGAUAUGCAGAGGUAAACCUGUGUGUGGCGAGAGCUGUUAGGACUAGGAUGAAGUUACUCUUAGAUGAGGCUUUGGAAAGGAUAAGCUGAUCCUAGAUCAGUGCCUGAGACUAGCAAUUAUUUUUUGUACCGUUGAUGACUAAAUACUAAGUAUCAGGCUUUUUUUAUUCCCAGCAUCACAAAGCAAGACAAUGUGGUGUGUGUGUGUGUGUGUGUGUGUUCAUGUUAGACAAUAUAGUGGGCGUGUGUUUGUUCAUGUUAGACAAUAUAGUGUGUGUGUUCAUGUUUUCUCUCGAAAGACCUGCUGAUGAGAGACUCAGUUGCUCUGCCUCUCCAAUAACAUCAUGAAACACAGUGAGAGAGAAAGAGAGACUGAGACACAGGGAGGAGUCAGGAAUGAAGUGGUAAACAGAGGGGGGUGUAAACGCAGAGUCCCAGUCUGACGGGUGUCUAAUGUAGCAUGUAACACUUUCCAUAUGAAAAGAACGAGGUGUUGAAGUGUGUUUACCCUGGACACUACAUACCCGGUAUUAGUGUCACUGUGUCUGAGUGUUACUGUGGACCACAUGCGGCUGGUGGUACCUUCAUUGAAGAGGACGGGCUCAUUGUAAUGGCUGGAACAGAAUAAUGGAAUGGUAUCCAACAUGUGUCGGGUCCCAUUCCAUUCACUCUGUCCCAGCCAUUAUUAUGAGCCGUCAUCCUCUCACCAGCCUCCUGUGGUGUGGAAAGAGGAAGAAAGAGAUAUGACACAGUCAAGUGCCUUAGCAAUUAGCAGCCAGACCUGGGUCUAAUACACAUGUCCGAUACGUUCAAAAAAGUGCUUGAGAUGAGUACACACUUAUGGGGCUAUUCCGUUGGUGCCACAGUUGUACUGGGCAAACUAACUCAAGGGCAGCUCAAGUACAGUAUUUGAAUGUAUUUGACACACGUAUUUGACCGGGGCCUGCAAGCAGCCAGCAAGUGGUCAAGGCUUAUUUUUCUAUGAACACAAAUCUAUUUAUCUAAACAGUGGUUUGAAUACUAAUGGCUGGGACUCAGAGCUGCUCUGGGAAAUUGAGGGCCCUAUUCAAUCAAAAGCUGAAACAGUAUUUCCCAGAUUAUAGUCAAAAGUAGCCUUCCUCAUGUGAAGAGAUAGAGGCGUAUACUUGCAUUUGUAAGAGUUUAUUUGUGUUUGUAUAUUUGCAUUUCCUGAAUAGGUUCUCAGGUGGAAUAUAAGGACCUUUGGGAUGCGAGAGAACCAUGAGACACAGCUAUAAACUCCUAAAGGGGAUGCUGACUUGACUACUUUCAUCGGACAAACGGCAGUCAAGUCACUUCAUUGGAUUUAAAGUGGGGAAAAGAACAGAAAACCAGGACAAAGCGUUUCGACACGGGAGAGACACUUCUAUGAAAUAUCGAUUAUUAUCU